UUAGGUUUAAUUAAAAGAAGCGAACGUAUCUUGUGUUAUCUAUCACGUGUAAUAUAAACAGAAGAAAAAUAACUGUUAUAUUAGGGAGUUUUUGCAAUACUGUCUCUCAGAUACGGUAAACAUAACUCGUGAACGUUAUUCGCAACCAAUAGCACUCACGAUCGACGUUUACCGCAUCUGAGAAACGAAAACUCGCGCAGAGAUGGCGAAUCCUCCGUCAAUGAACAUGAACCAAGAAUACUACUGGAACUCCGAGACGACUCAACAGAACAUGGAAUACUAUCCGACGCCAAGUUACCCACCGCCUAAUUACAAUCAACCCUCGAAUUAUGAUUCCUUCUACUCCUACAAUGCAACUCCUAACAUGUCGGAAAUUGACUCAACAACUUCAGUGUAUCGCUCUGCGCCUCCUCCUGUGUAUCACAGUGGUCCUGGUAACAUACAUAAUGUCCCUUACCAAAAUCAAAUGAAUCAACAGUGCAAUUUGUAUCAAAAUAAUACAAACUUUCCGCAACAACCUGUGAAUGAGAAUUACAAUGCGGAUUGGAAUACAAAUACAAAUACAAAUACAAAUGCCAGAGGUACAUAUAAUGUAUAUAAUGAGAACCAGGCCUAUAACGAAUGGCCCUCUAAUAAUUCUACCACAAAUUGGACAACAUAUCAAAAUACAUCCACUUCAUGGUAUGAUCCAAAUAAAGCAUAUAAUAAUGAGAAAUACUACCCAAGGCGACAGUAUGAACCUCAACAGCAAACAAAGAAGCCAGAAUGGAAGUAUGAUUAUAAGGAAUCUUUGCCAAAUUUGCCAAAUUAUACAAAUGGCAGAAACAGGUCUAGGAGUCCAAGCAGUAGUGGCAGAUCAGAGAAAUCAUAUAGAUCACGAUGUGAGGAUUACAAAGAAAAGUAUAAAUAUGAUAUAGAAAGAUCCAGUUCGAGGGAAUAUAAAUAUAAAAGCAGGGAUUUUGAAAGGAGAUCUUCAUAUAAAAGACACGAAAGUCAUCAAAUCAGAUCGUCUCAUUCAGAAACAUAUGCAAGCAGUAAAUGUAGGAAGAGAUCAAGAUCACAAGAAUCUCAUGUGAGCAAAGAUGAGACACAGACUAGCAAUUCUACUAAAAGAAAAUGUCCUACUGAGAGAGAGCUACUUUUGGAGAAAUAUAGGCGUAAUUAUUGCGCGACGAGCAAGGACAUCGAGCGGAAACUGGAUGAAUUGUCGGCGAUGGGUUCCGAAGGUAUACUGGAAAGUGAAAGGAAAAUAUGGACGCGCACAGCACCAGCAGAUCUUUAUUACAGUCGAGAUGAAAAUAAUCCGAAAAUAAUGAGAAGUACCUCUAAGCUUUUAGAUUUAUGUGCAGUGUUCAAAAAACUGUUGAUUGAUAGAGCAGCUGCAGCAAGGGCUUUGCAGCCGCCAUAUAAGCCACCUCCGAGGAAAACCAGAGCGCGUCUUUGCCGUCAUAAAUCUGAGGCUUGCAGUAGCUCUUCGGACAGCGACAGCGACAGUUCUAUGGACGAGGAUGACAGAACGAUGGAAGAAUUAAUGGCAAAGAAACAGCAUCCGCAGAGAUUGCACCCUGAAAUGUGGUUCAACGAUCCCGGUGAGAUGAACGAUGGUCCCUUGUGUAGAUGCAGCGCGAAAUCACGUCGAUCUGGCAUAAGGCAUGGUAUUUACGCCGGAGAGGGCGUGAUAAAUAAAUGUGAUCUAAAUUCGAAUAAUGCAGACAAGCUGCAUCACUAUAGAAUAACGAUCAGUCCGCCGACGAAUUUCCUUACCAAGACACCGACGAUUAUCAAGCACGACGAGCAUGAAUUUAUAUUCGAAGGCUUCUCCAUGCUCUCUCACUUCCCGCUCGUCAAGUUACCCACAUGCAAGGUCAUCAGAUUUAACAUAGAAUACACAAUUCUCUACAUAGAAGAGAAAUUACCCGAAAAUUUCACAAUACAGGAACUUGAUUAUUUCCAAACAUACCUGUUUCGAGAGAUCCUGGAGCUCGUAGAUUUUGACUUGCAGGCGGCACAAGACAAAUCCGGCUGCGGACAGUUUCACUUCAUGCCAAGAUUCGUACGCGACUUGACUGACAACGGCCAAGAGAUUUUGUCGAUGAAUGAGGUCCUUAAUUAUCUGAUAAAGAGUAGUACUCUCCUCAUAAAUCCGGACGACUUGCCUAGGUUAGUCGAGAUGCCGCAAUACAAGUGGCAAGAUUUCGCAGACGAAGUAAAGGGAAUGGUCGUUACGUAUCCUGGCAAGAAACCUUGCAGUGUUCGUGUCGACCAGCUGGACAGGAGUCAAGUGGACCAACCUCCUGGUGUGUUAGCUUACCCGGAAAUAGUACACUUUGGUAUUCGACCACCACAGCUUAGCUAUGCAGGAAAUGCAGAUUACCAAAAAGCCUGGAGAGAUUACGUCAAAUUCCGACAUCUGCUCGCCAACAUGUCGAAACCAUCCUACGAGGAUAAGAGGAAACUGGAGGCGAAAGAGAACAGGCUGCAGGAGUUGCGUACCCAGAGUAAGAUGAAACGCGACGUCACCGUCGACGUGACCUCGGACGGCUUCUACCGAACCGGCAUUAUGUGCGACAUCGUACAGCAUGCGAUGUUGAUACCGGUGCUUGUGUGUCACCUGAGGUUCCACAAGUCUCUAGACAACCUGGAGUGCACGUUGGGAUACGAGUUUAAGAACAGAUACUUGCUCCAGCUGGCUCUCACGCAUCCCAGCUAUCGCGAAAACUUCGGCACAAAUCCGGAUCAUGCGCGAAACUCCCUGACGAAUUGCGGUAUAAGGCAGCCAGAGUACGGCGACCGCAGAAUACACUACAUGAACACACGGAAGCGCGGCAUCAACACCCUUAUCAACAUCAUGUCGCGUUUCGGCGCGAGAACGGAGACUGAAUCGUCGAUAGCUCACAACGAACGCCUGGAAUUCCUGGGCGACGCGGUCGUCGAAUUCCUCACAUCCAUCCACCUGUUUCACAUGUUCCCGGAUCUAGAAGAAGGUGGCUUAGCCACGUACAGGGCGGCAAUCGUGCAAAAUCAGCAUCUCGCCGUGUUAGCGAAGAAGCUGAAUCUCGAAGAGUACAUGCUGUACGCCCAUGGCAGUGAUCUCUGUCACGACUUGGAACUACGGCACGCCAUGGCAAAUUGCUUCGAGGCGCUGAUGGGCUCCUUGUUCUUAGACGGAGGUAUAGAAGUAGCCGACAGAGUCUUUGGUGAGACACUCUUCAAGGACGAGGAGGAUCUCGCCAAGGUCUGGGUCAAUUACCCACGGCAUCCUCUGCAGGAGCAGGAACCAAUGGGAGAUAGACAAUGGAUUCCUAGCUUCGAGUUGCUGCAAAAAUUGACCAAGUUUGAAGAAUCCAUCGGUAUAAAGUUCACCCAUAUCCGUUUGCUUGCUCGAGCGUUCACGGAUCGCAGUAUAGGAUACACUAAUUUGACACUAGGUUCGAAUCAACGAUUGGAGUUUUUAGGAGACACCGUAUUGCAGCUUAUUGUCUCAGAAUAUCUGUAUAAAUUCUUCCCUGAGCAUCAUGAAGGACAUUUAUCGUUGUUGCGGAGUUCUCUUGUAAAUAAUAAAACACAAGCGGUUGUUUGUGACGAUUUGGGUAUGACACAGUACGCAUUAUAUGGAAAUCCGAAGGCUGAGCUGAAAACGAAGGACAGAGCGGAUUUAUUGGAGGCUUUCCUCGGUGCGCUUUACGUCGACAAGGGUUUCAAGUACUGCCACGUCUUUUGUGACGUGUGCUUCUUCCCGCGUUUGCAAGAUUUCAUCAUGAAUCAAGACUGGAACGAUCCAAAGAGCAAAUUACAACAAUGCUGUUUAACUUUAAGAACUAUGGACGGCGGUGAGCCGGAUAUUCCGGUAUAUAAAGUUAUUGAAUGUAAAGGACCAACUAAUACGAGAGUUUACACAGUUGCUGUGUAUUUUCAAGGAAAACGAUUGGCUAAGGCCUCGGGACAUAGUAUUCAAGAAGCGGAAAUGAACUCCGCGAAAGAAGCUUUAGAAAAAUCUCAAGACUUGUUUCCGCAAUUGGAUCAUCAGAAACGUGUAAUAGCGAAGAGUAUGAAGAUGCAACAAUGGACAAAUAAACAGAAAUCAAAAGGGAAACCUGCAGAAUCGAAUGACAAAUCAGAUGAUUCUGACUCUAGUCAGAAUCGAAGAAGUCGAAGCAAAGAGCGUAAUGCUCCAAACCAAGAAAGUUAAGACUGUUAAUUACUUUUAUUGUUAUCCAAUGUAUUAUUUGAUGUCAAACAAUCGCGAUAAUGAACAAUGUAAAAUUUGGGUUGACUUUUGGUCAUCUAUUUCAUUAUAUAUAAAGGAAGGUAUACAGUUCUUUUAGAGUCAGAUUAUCUGAUAUAUUACUUGUGGUAAUGUAUAAUACAGUCACAUGAAUUGAAUUCAAAUAGGAAAAAUCACUCCUAACUGGUAAAGGAAAUUUAUAUUCAGAAA